AUGGAUUCUGUGAGUAAUAAAGGUGGGAGACCUUUCAGUCAGAACUCUGAGCUUGCUGCACAUCAAAGAAUUCACUCUAGAGAGAAACCUUAUAAAUGUAAACAGUGUGGAAAAGCUUUUACAGAGAGAGGAUCUCUUGCUAAGCAUCAGAGCAUCCACACGGGAGAGAAACCUUAUGAAUGUAAACAAUGUGGACAUGCUUUUACAGAGAGAGGAUCUCUUGCUAAGCAUCAGAGCAUCCACACUGGAGAGAAACCUUAUGAAUGUAAACAGUGUGGAAAGGCUUUCACACAGAGGAGCAAUCUUGCUGUACAUCAGAGAAUCCACACGGGAGAGAAACCUUAUGAAUGUAAACACUGUGGAAAAGCUUUUACUAUAAGGGGCAAUCUUGCUGCACAUCAAAGAAUCCACACUGGAGAGAAACCUUAUGAAUGUAAACAAUGUGGAAAGGCUUUUACAACAAGUGGUGAUCUUGCUGCACAUCAGAGAAUCCACACUGGAGAGAAACCUUAUGAAUGUAAACAGUGUGGUAAGGCUUUCACAGAGAGGGGCCAUCUUGCUGUACAUCAGAGAAUUCACACUGGAGAGACACCUUAUGAAUGUAAACAUUGUGGAAAGGCUUUCACACAGAGAGGCUCUCUUGGUAAACAUCAGAGAAUCCACACUGGAGAGAAACCUUAUGAAUGUCAACAGUGUGGAAAGGCUUUCACACGGUGGGGCUUUCUUGCUGAACAUCAGAGAAUCCACAGUGGAGAGAAACCCUAUGAAUGUCAACAGUGUGGAAAGGCUUUUACACAAAGGGGCUCUCUUGCUGCACAUCAGAGAAUCCACACUGGAGAGAAACCUUAUGAAUGUAAACACUGUGGAAAGACUUUCACACAGAGGGGCCAUCUUGUGGCACAUCAGAGAAUCCACACUGGAGAGAAACCUUAUGAAUGUAAACAAUGUGGAAAAGCUUUCACAAAGAGGGACUAUCUUGCUACACAUCAGACAAUCCACACUGGAGACAAACCUUAAUGUAUAGGAUAAAAUCAUGCUUUGUUCUCUAGCAUGCAUUAAUUAGUAUUAGUAAUCUUUGAAUGGCAACUUCCAAUAGAAAAUUAGUGAAAGUUCAGUGCCCUUCAGAAGGUAGAUACUAUUCCCUUCAGGUGAAGAGUACAGAAAUCCUGCUACCGCAGUAUCUUUUUUAAUAUACAUAUAUAAAUAUGCACCUUCAAUUCACUCUUUUCUAAUGUGGACAAAACCUCCUCCUUUUAAAAAUAAUUUUGGAUUAAGUGGUUCCAAUUAAGAAUUCCGAUUGUGUGAAAGAAAUCAUGGAGUGGAUCAGGUCAUGAAGAUAGCAUGGCAGCAGGAAAAAGGCAGCCAUAGAGUCAAGAAAUCAGGAGAUGGGUCAGGACAGAUGUCCUUUGCACUGCCUCCUGUAGUGCCCCUCUGGGAGGCCCAGACAAAAUAGGAAGCUACAGUUGGCUCCUGAGACUUGAUGUGUGAGACUUAGUGAGAGGAGAAAAUAUUUGAUAAACUGAGGGAAGGGCAGAUUUUCCUCUCUUUUCUUCCUGGUUUCAUUGCUUGUUAGACUUUCCUGUGAGCAUGACUAGGGGGCCUUAAUGGCAGUGAAAGAAUAGCAAGGUAAAUGUAGCAAUUUAGAAGGUAAUUACCAUUUCUCCUUUUUUCACAUCUUUUCUGAGGCCCCAAGACAGAACGGGCAGCCACAGAGGCCACUGCUUGCCCCUGUAUUAAUGACCCAUUUAGAGAAGGGUUUGUUGAUAAAGAGAGAUGGGUCAGUGGGUUGAAUCUCUCAACCCUUCCCUUAAGGUGCCACUAAUACUAGAAACAAACUAAGGGGUUUCUCCAGAUUGGUGGAUUUCCAGAGAGUGAGUGCUGGGCUUUAGAAAUCAGAGGGAAGCCUAUCAUGAAUGUUGAGGUAUGUGGAGACCCUGUCCAAACCAGCCCACAGCUUCAGUCAACUAAAGCCUCCCCCUGGCCAACCCAUGACUGCAGGGAUCUGGCUCUGAUGUUUCAGCCAAGCAUUUCUUCACAGCCCCUCUUCCCGUCUUUGUUCAUGAGUAAAAUCUUUGACUUGCUAU